AUGCCAGAUGGAAAAAGGGUUGGUGCACAAGCAGUCGCCAUGAGAAUAUCAGGAGAUAAAGCAACGUUCGAUAAUUGCAAGUUUAUAGGUUAUCAAGACACAUUAUGUGAUGAUAGAGGCAAACAUAUCUUCAGAAACUGUUAUAUCGAAGGGACCAUGGAUUUCAUUUUUGGAAAUGGCCAAUCCCAAUACUUGAACACUGCUAUAAGAUCAAUUUCAAAUGGCGUCGGAUUUAUUACAGCACACGCCAGAGAAAACGAGACUGAAGAAAGUGGAUUCGUAUUUGUCCAGUGUAGCAUAACCGGUACAGGUAAGGCUGAACUUGGCCGUGCAUGGAAGCAGAGUUCUAGGGUGAUUUAUGCUUACACAUACAUGGACAGUCUCAUCCUUGGCAAAGGAUGGUCUGAUGGCAUGACAGACAAUGAACACAAACCUGUUUAUUAUGGAGAGUACAAGUGCUAUGGACCAGGGUCAAGUUCUUCUGAUCGAGCCAAAUUCGUGAAGAUAUUAUCUGAUGGAGAAGCGAAACCAUUUUUGAGCAUAAGUUUCCUUGAUGGAAAUAAAUGGAUCCUUCCACCUCUUAAGAUGUGA